AUGUCUAUAUCUGGAGAAGUAUAUUCCGGCGGUGCCACCACUUCACAACAUAUUGAAGCUGAAGAUGAAGAACAUUUCCAAAAUACAACCUUUAAAUUGAAAAGGACACGAUCCAUAGGGGUAUUGGAUGAAUUCAUCCCCGACAAACUUGCCGAUGGUAACCAAAACAAUGAGCCUCCACCACCAACCCAACUCAGUCCACCCGUUUUGAAUAAUAUAAAUUCAAGACCUCUGUCAAAUGCAUCUUCUACUUCUCUGUCAUCAUCAUCAACAUCAUCACCAUUUGAAGAAGAUUCCAUAAACACUGCCCCAACUGCAACUACCAUUUCCAACAAUGUUGCUGUUCCUGAGCAGCCUCCUGCCAUUGAUACAUCAGUUGCUUCCAACGCAGCCAAUGGCUCUGUGUCUGUUUCUUCUCCCGUAUCACAUUCGCCUUCUCCGCUUCCGUUGUUGCAAUCUCCGGAGUUGUUGCCACACGAUGAUACUGAUCUUAUGAUUGAACCAUCACGUCAUGUUGAUUAUUUGUCCUAUCAAUGGGAUGUCAAUGACAUUUCCAAAUCAUGGAGGUAUGUUAUAUCCAAGAAACACAAUGUUGCUAAUUCAAAGCGAUUGGAAAAUGCAAGUUGGAGAACUUGGGCUCAACGUCGACAAAAUUUGAAAACCAUCAGUCCGGAAGUUGUCAAUUGGUCUAAGGAUAGUGAUGUUACUUGGUUAUAUGGUCCAAUAUUAAAUGAUGACCACGCUAGUGACGAUGAAACUUGUAAUAUUAAACGAGAAACUACUGCAACCAGUGCUGUAGCUGGAGAUAUUUCCAUAGCUAACAAGAAAAAACCAUCUGCUCCAAAACCAAUUCUUAAAAAGAGAACGGUUCAAGAAUCAAUGAUUAGUCAUUCUGAUUUAUUGAAGUUGCAAUUGGCCACCAACAAGGUAUACCAAAAGCAACGAGAACAGUUAUUAAAGCAACAGCAAGAAAUUAAACAACAAGAGGAACAACAAAAGAAAGUGCCAGCUGCACCUGAAGAAAAAUUCUUUGAUUAUGAUACACUUCUGGCAAAAUUGAAUAAGCAAUACGAGAAUACUGCCAUACCUGAGAAUUGUAAUGUUAUUAAAUUGCAAGAUUUAUUAAAUAGCAGAAGCAAUUCCAAAACAAAGCUUGCAGAAUCAGCAAAUGUUGUUCAGGCUUCGGAAAAUGUGGUUGAACCAAUGUCCAAAUUAACUUUAGCAUCAUUUGAAAAGUCACCUGAGGUUGUGCCCCAAGAAGAAGAAGUAGAAGAAGAAGAGGAAGAGGUUCCUGUUAAAGAAGACAGACAUAUUCAUUUUAAUGAAGAAGUGCAACAAUGUAUUGCUGUUAAUCCAUAUUCUGAUAAUGAUGCAAUUGCCGAAGAAGAAGAGGAUGAGGAAGAUGAUGAUGAAGACUAUUAUGAUUAUAAUGAUUAUGAAGAUGAAGAAAUAGGCAAUGAUGGUUAUUAUGAUAAUGUUGCUAAUUAUUACUAUGAUGGUAGCAAGAGUCAUUUAUAUGAUCCCGAAGAUUAUAGUGAUGUUGAAGAUGACGAUGACGAUGAUGAAGGAGGAUUUUUCAUAAAGGUUAAAUCCAAUUCCAAUGCACCUUUAAUUUUGGCAAGAAAUGCCACUAAUGAAAAUACUGAAGAUAGUGAAUCAAUAUCUACCAGUAAUAGUAAGGUGUAUAAAACCAUCCAUUUAUUACCUUCUACGUCAUUAAAUUAUGGUUCAUCUGAUGAAGAAAGUGAUGACGAAAAUCCAUACACUUCAAGUCUUUCUCAUAAUGUUAAUAAUGAAAUUAGUAGAGGGUAUGAUUAUUAUUAUGAUUAUAAUACUGUGUAUACAGUGGAUCCAAAUCAUGCAAUUUAUGGUAAAACUCCCGAUGUUGUUGAUGUUCCUGAUAAUUUAGGUGUUGGAUCGAAUUUCGAUUAUGAUAUCAUUGAAAAUGAUGAAAUGCCACCAAUGGUUAUUAAUAUGACUAGUCCAGUCAUGUAUGCUAGUCAACCAAAUUCUCCAUUGGCAGUUGCUAAUGCUCCAUCAAUUCCACAGGUUGCACCAUCGCCAGUAUUGUUGGCUACAAAAGCUCCGUUCCAUAUGAGUGAUGAUGAAGACAGUGAUUCUGAUGAUGGGUUAUCUAUUGGAACUAGAAGGUCGAGUCAAGCAUUAGCUGAGCUGAUUUUCCACACAACACCAAGCAAUCCACAGCAUUUCCCCGAAAAAUUCUUGAAAGAUCCUGAGCCCGUAGAAGCUCCUAUAACCACCAUCAACCCACGUCAUUCAUCGACUUCGAUUUCCAAGCAACCCACAAGUUCACAUUCACUUUCACAACUGUUUUUUGGAGCAGGAGGAGCACCAACAGCGAUGUCUACAACUACAGCUGAAACUGAAGCGUUAUCCCACUCGUUUUUUGAAAAGAGGACUCCUUCACCUGUUGUAUUGUCGCUGACUCCUGAUACAACAUCCAACUCAUUGACUCGUACAUUAUCCAAUAAAUCUUCACCAUUACCUCCACAAACCACAUCCGAAACUGCAUUAUUUAAAUCAUCAUCAUCGGGAACUUCCCAGACAAAAGGUAUGUUUUCAUUUGAUGAUGAUGAUACCGACGAAGAAAAUGACGAGCAUGAUGAAGAGCACGAUGGAAGUGAUUUGUUUAUCGGAAAGACUUACAACUCAUUGAGUCAAGUUGCAGAUAAAAGCGGAAUACGAAGUCCUUCACCUAUGGAUGAAAAUAAGAAUUUGAUGGGACAGGCUAAAGGGUUAGCCAAGCAUUUCUUCGGAUAA